AUGGACGACUUUGAUCGAAUUGCGAGGUGCUUGAUUCAACGCUUUGGAGGCAUUACGUCACUCCAGUUGGCGCCGUUUGGCGCUGUGUCCAUGGUGUAUCCAAUGUCCGCGCCUGGUAUGGACAAUCAGAAGAUCAUUGGCAGGAACGAUUUCUUUGACCCUGUCCACGCGGACCAUGCGAUGGAGGCCAUCGACAGCAAAGAGCCAAGGUUGUCGGGACCCAGGGUCCUGCUACAAUGCAACAAGGAGACGGGCAUUCUGGUUCGCCUCGCGAUAUUCUCCAAGGCGGCGCCGCGGUUCCUGCCGAACAGCGCAUGGCGGUUUCCAAACGGCACCACCCUCGUCCAGCGCUGCCAGGAGCUCGGACGGGCAGAGGCAGGGCACGGCCAGGCGGCAGCCGCGGCGCCGGUGUGCUCUUUCCCGGGCCACGUGGUCGACGGCAGCCAGACUCAUUUCUGGGGUUUCGCAACCAUGGUGACCCUGAUCAGCGACCUGCUCCGGCCCCUCCACUUCAUGGAGAAAUCCAGCGACGAGGAGGAGCAGUUUGAUUUCGAGAUCUUGGACAAGACCCCUCACCCGUCCCUGGGGCCCAGAGGUGUCAUCAAGCGGUAUUUCCCGACGGAUCCAUCAGAGUUGGCCUUCGACGACGCCGUCUCCAUCCCGAUCAACGUGGCUGAGCUCGACGUGGAAUGGGUCAUGAACCUGAAGCCCCAGGGGGGAUGGCCACUGCUGACGGAGGGAUUCUGGUCGAGAUUCCUCGUGAUGCUGAUCAGCGUGUUCCUUCUGCUGAUCGCGUGUACUGUUAUGGUGUUCUACAACGUGCGCGGUGCGUACAAGAGGCUGGAAAGGCUCGAGGAGUUCAAGAGGCGCAAAAGGCUGGCCGUCGUGGAGAGUGCGGUCGAGGACAUUGACCGAGUCCGCUUCCCGAUGUGCGUCAUGCGGCUCGAAGAUUUCGAGGCUCUUGGCAAGCUCAUCUCCCACGAAGACGCGCGCUCCCAGGCCCUGCUGAACUUCUUAGACACCCCCGAGGCGCUUGAGGACCGAUUCACCAGCAGCACACCGCCUUCGUGA